UAUAUGCGUCUAGCGUAUGCUUGCAUGUGUGCGUGGCUGCGCCCACCACGAUACCUAUACGACAAUAAAGCAGUGCAUAACUAGCUACCGGUUGUUUCACUUGUGUCCUCGUCUACGUAUCUAACAGUGGCGACGAAUACCCACAUUUAAAAAAAAAAAAAAAAGUAACAUGUCGACUGGAUUAUUUGGAAUUUUGACCAGUUUUGACCACAAUGGACAGGAGUGGAAGACAUACAAAAGUCGCCUGACACAGUGGUUUGUGGCAAACGACAUCACCGAUGUGACAGACGCGACUAAAACAAAGCGGAGAGCUAUAUUGCUAAGUGCACUCACGGAGGGUACGUACAGACUCGCUGCAGAUUUGGUUUUACCUAAGGAUGUACAAACGGUGCCCUACGACGAUAUCAUAAAUAGUUUGGAUACCCAUUUCAACCCUAAACAAGUUGGGUUCAGCGAGAGGCAUAAUUUCUACGCAGCGGUACAACGAGAAGGCGAAUCUCACUCGCAGUGGGCCGCGAGACUUCGUGGUCUGACGUCGCUUUGUGCCUUCAAUAAUGUGGAAGAAACGCUACUCGAUCGCUUUAUUAUGGGAAUGAGGGCUUGUUACGAAAAAGAAAAGCUCUACUCGCAAGAUUUGGCUGGCCUUACACUUAGCAAAGCUGUGCAGUACGCCGAGAAUGUUAGCACAGCGCGUGCAGCUGCCGCCGCCAGCGCGAGCGGAGCUGGCGCAUCUGCCGCGGGCGCCGCGGCGCGGGACCCGCUAUUAAAGAUUUCACGCAGUGCUAGUGCCAAGGGAUCGGCCGCUACAAAGAGUAGCCGUGUAGAAAAGCCUAAGUGUACCAUAUGCGGGUAUACCAACCACAAGACCGCGGAGUGUCAGUAUAGUGAUUAUGUGUGUAAGAAGUGUAACGUUAAAGGCCAUCUACGUAGGGUGUGUCCAUCAAAAGUGAAUUACGUAGACAAUGGAGCCGGAGACGAGGACUUCGGGGACGAUGGUGAGGUAUUUACUAUACGUUCCUUGCGGGGAGAGCCAAUGGUAGGCACUGUAACUGUUCGCGGAUCAAAAUUAAAUUUUGAGAUAGAUACCGGUGCCGCCGUAACUGUAAUUUCAAAUAAUAUUUAUAAAUUAUACUUUAAAGAUGUGCCAUUGGGUCCGUUGCGAAGAAGGCUGGUUACUUAUAAUGGCGAUAACAUCGCAUGUGUAGGCGUUGUGCGGUUGCCUGUGUGCUACGAUGACUACACACAUUCGUUAGACAUACAUGUCGUACGAGACGACGGAGUGUCUCUUCUAGGUAGGGAUUUUAUAUCAGCCUUUCAAUUGGAACUUGUACGAGUUAAUCACUGUCACCAAUUGUCUUCAGUUGAACAGCUACAAAAAAAAUUUCCUAGAUUAUUUUCAAAUUCAUUAGGCUGUUUCAAUAAACACAAAGUCAGGCUGAGACUCAAAGAUAACGCGAAACCGGUUUUUAUUAAAGCGCGGCCGAUCGCAUUUGCAAUGCGCGAUAAGGUAAACAAAGAAAUCGACCGGCUAGUACAAUUAGGCAUUUUAAAACCCGUAGACCAUGCCGAGUAUGCUUCGCCAAUAGUCCCAGUGUUAAAACGGAAUGGCAGUGUACGACUGUGUGCGGAUUAUUCUGUUACUUUAAAUAAGCAAUUGAUAGUCGACCAGUACCCCUUGCCAACAGCAAAAGAAUUAUUUGCAAAAUUAUAUGGUGGCAUUAAAUUUACUAAACUCGACUUAUCAAUGGCUUACAACCAAUUUGUUUUAGAUGAUGAGUCACAGCCGUACACUUGCAUAAAUACAUCUCGGGGACUAUAUAUGUAUACUCGUUUGGUGUUCGGUCUCGCCAGCGCGCCGGCCGUGUUCCAGCGCGCCAUGGAGGGCGUGCUAGCCGGCAUGGAGGGCGUGCUGUGCUUGCUCGACGACGUGCUCGUCACGGGCCACGACGACGCCGAGCACGCGCGCAGGUUAAACGCCGUGCUCAAUAGGUUGCAAGACGCAGGAUUGACGUUACAACAAGAAAAGUGUGAUUUCUAUAAAGAUGAAGUUAGUUAUUUAGGCUAUGUUAUAGACAAAAACGGCUUACAUAAGUCACCCGAUAAGGUCGAAGCGAUAGUAAAGGCUCCCAUUCCGAAUAAUGUUAGCGAGCUCCAAUCAUUUUUGGGGUUAGUAAAUUAUUACAGGAACUUUGUACCAAAUGCGUCGUCAAUCUUGUGUCCUCUUUAUGACCUUUUAAAAAAGGGGUCUAAAUGGCAAUGGAAGGAUGCACACCAUACCGCUUACAUGGAGAUAAAAAAAUGUAUGGCAUCAGAUCAGGUUUUGGCUCACUUCAAUCCGGGGGCUAAGCUAUUUUUGACAGUCGAUGCUGGACCCCGGGGCCUUGGUGCGAUUUUAUCACAACUGGACCCCGGAGGCCAAGAGAGGCCGAUUUCUUUUGCCUCAAGGACAUUGUCGGUAGCCGAAACACGAUACUCACAGCUUCAAAAGGAAGCUACUGCUAUUAUUUUUGGUGUGCGUCGCUUCCACCAAUAUUUGUAUGGAAAAUCAGAGCCGUUCGUCCUUCGCACAGACCAUAAACCCCUUGUAUCGAUUUUUGGACCAUAUAAGGGUAUUCCAGAAGUGACAGCAAAUCGCCUCCAAAGAUACGCAAUAUUUUUAAGUGCGUAUAAUUAUUGCAUUGAGUAUGUGCGAAGUGCUGACAACAGCGCUGAUUUUUUGUCUCGCGCUAGUCUCCCGGCGCCGGCGCCGGCACCUGCGCCGACAGACGAGCGCGCGGCCUGCGCGGGCGCGCGGGGCGCGGCGCAGGAAUGUGCUGAUGAUGUCGGCGCGGAACCGUGCGAUCGCGCCGCUUAUGUACAUUUCGUUCUAAGUGGUAGUCUGCCUGUCACCUUCUCGGACGUAUGCAAAGAAACCAGUAAUGACGUUAUUUUAGUUAAGGUACGUAAAUAUAUAAUGGAGGGAUGGCCAAACAAAGUUAACGAUUUACAAAUUAAACCUUACCACUUAUGUCGAACACAGCUAUCAUACGAAAACGGAUGCAUUAUGAGGGGUCAUAAGGUUGUAAUUCCAGACACGUUACGUGAAAAAGUGUUGUCGGAGCUCCAUAAAUCGCAUCUAGGUAUAGUGAAGACUAAGGCGGAGGUUAGGUCUAGAUUUUGGUUUCCGGGCGUGGACGAAGCAGUAGAACGAAUGAUAGGGUCUUGCAAUAUUUGCAUACAGAUGCGACCAGCGCCAGCCCGAGUCAAGCCCGUUCCGUGGACACCGCCUAAGGAAGCUUGUAGUCGUGUCCAUGCCGACUUCCUCGGCCCAAUAAAUGGUCGAAUGUACCUAGUGCUGGUCGACGCGUUUUCCAAGUGGCCAGAAGUGUACGACAUGGCCAACACAACUACAUCCACCGCCACUAUCGAUAAAUUGUAUGAAUUUAUGUCCAGAUUCGGUAUACCGCUAACUUUGGUAACGGACAAUGGCACAGCUUUUUGUUCCCAAGAAUUUCAAUCUUUUUGUAUCCUUAAUGGAAUUAAGCAUGUCACGUCACCGCCGUACCAUGCUGCAAGCAACGGCCAAGCCGAAUCAUAUGUGAAAAUAGUUAAAAAAGGAAUACGGUCUAGUCUUAUGUCGAGCAGUAACGUUAAACAAGCGAAAAUGGAACUUUUAAAAUAUUUGUUUGAUUACCGUAAUUCGAAACACACUACCACUGGGUUCUCCCCCGCGCAAUUAGUCUACGGACGUAAAAUGAGGUCACGUACAGAUCUAUUAUCCCCACCCUCACCGCUGCCCUCGUCUGCGGCUCCAAAGUCUGAUAAGCCCGAUGUUCAGUGCUCACAGGAUAAUAAUAAUGUAACUAACCGGAAACAAUUCGCAAUUGGCACCUUUGUACUCUAUACGAAAAAUGUAAACAAUAAUAAAAUUACGUGGAGUAAAGGAACGGUAGAAAAGCGAAUAGGAAAAGUUAUGUAUUUAAUUAAAGACUGGGAUUCUCAAAUAAGUUAUCGAAAACAUGUAAACCAACUAGCAUUGUAUAAAGGUUACCUGGAAGAUGCUAAUGUAUCAGGACUUGCACCAAGUUUAGAAAUUGACACAUCACACUUUGACAUUCCUGCUUCUAUUGAGCUAGCGGAUCCAAGUUUUUAUCAUCCGUCUGAAAUACAUGUAUUACUAGGAGGUGAUGUGGUUUGGGACAUUGUAGGAUCCAAGAAAAUUAAAUUAGGCAAAAACAAACCCAUCCUUAAAGAAUCAAAACUAGGUUGGCUGGUGGCUGGUCCGACAGGCCAGGGUUCAAGCUCUUCUACUAGGUGCAACUUUACUCAAGAGAUCAAGGAUAGUCUUGCUAGAUUUUGGGAGCUUGAAGAUAUUCCCAACUCACCCCUUGAAUCAAAGCUGUCAAAGGAGGAAGAGUACUGCGAGACUCAUUUUAAGGAAAAUACAGUACGACUUGAUGAUGGUCGCUUCUGUGUCAAGCUACCACUCCGUGAGGCUCCGGAGGACGCCUCAGGCGACUCUUAUUACAUUGCUAGAAAGCGGUUCUUCAACCUUGAAAAUAAAUUAAAGAAAUCUAAUAUGAAAAAUGAUUAUGCUGCCUUUCUUAAAGAGUACGAGAGCUUAGGACACCUGACCGAAACGGAGCGUCCAGUCUUUGGAUACCAGCUCGUAGAACGACUUCAGCAACAUUUUUGGACGCGGUGGACUAAGGAUUAUCUCGCUACUCUCCAGAAACGUUUCAAGUGGAAAACCAGCAAGGGAUCCAUCAAGAUCGACGACCUAGUCCUAGUCAUGGAUGAUCAGCUGCCACCAAUGAAAUGGCUACUAGGGCGCAUCGUCAAACUUUAUACUGGAAAUGAUGGAGUCUGCAGAGUGGUCGACCUAAAAACAAAGAACGGCAUUAUAAAGCGAGCCGUAUCAAGGCUAUCAGCCUUAGAAGGAUUAGGCUCCCUCCCAUGA